GAGACCCACACAAUGCGAAGAUUCCAUACCAUGUCAGAACCAAACUCCACACACUCAGCCUACUGACAAAGCAUGAAGUUCACAGACUCACCGGUGAUCGAACUUCCCGUCGCCGACACCGCCCUCUCUCUCCACCAAGACAAUGGCUCCAUGCACGUCGGAACCUCCGUCUGGCCCUGCUCUCUCGUCCUCGUCAAGUUCAUAGACCGCUGGUCCCAUGCCUCACCGAACAACAACCCUUACACCCACCUCCUAAACUUCCAAAACAAACGGGCCGUUGAACUGGGCUGCGGAUGCGGUGUUGCUGGUAUGGGCCUCUACCUAUUGGGCUUAACAGACAUAAUCCUCACGGACAUCGCUCCCGUUAUGCCCGCACUGAAACGAAAUCUCAAAGUGAACAAACCCGUUCUCAAGAAGAAUCUCAAAUACUCGAUUCUUUAUUGGAACAAUAACGCUCAGAUUAACGCUCUUAAUCCUCCUUUUGAUUUUAUUAUUGCUGCUGAUGUUGUUUACAUUGAGGAAUCGGUGCCUUCGUUUGUAUCUGCUUUGGAAACCCUACUUGCUCAAGACGGUGUCGUUUUGCUUGGUUAUCAGAUUAGGUCACCUGAAGCCCAUGAGCUUUUUUGGGAACUGUGUGGACAAGUGUUUGAUAUUGAAAAAGUUCCUCAUGAAGACCUUCAUCCUGAAUAUGCUUACGAGGAAGCUGAUGUUUAUUUAUUGAGGAAGAAGAAGAAACAGUGAUUGAUAAGGUGUAAUGCAAUGGUAGUCGUGCUAAUGUUCAUGUUGAACCUCAGAGACAUGUGCUUCCCCUAUGUUUGCUAAUGUUCAUGUUGCUAAUAGGUGUGACGCAACGAAGAGAUCGUUGAAAACUUGAGAGACAGGUGCUUCCCUAUGUUUGCUGCUGUCUUGGUAUUGAGCUUUAAGUUCCUUUGUUAUGGUUGUUCUAGAGAAGUGUUUUCACACAAAAUUGCUAAGCCCAAUAAGUUAAAAAUAAUAUAAUUGAGAAUACUAAAUAUACCCUGUAUCAUCUAAUAUUUGCAUAAUUUUAUUAUUUGAUUGUUGCUGAUGGUACCUUGUUUCUUACACAUCAAUAUUCUGAUUAUGUUGUGUAUUACUCAUGCGUUAUGCAAGAUACAAUUAGAUGCAUGUGUAAAACUUUUUUA